AUGGAGAAUUUCAAACUAGGAGAGCAUUGUAUAGCUUUGGUAGCGGUGGAAGUUAUCAGGUUUUUAGCAAAAGCUGAAGAACAUUUCUUGUCUCGAGUUCGUGCUGAUGCGCCCCCAGUUCAUCUCAACGAAUUGAUGCAUCACUGCCAUGUGAGUGUGCAGACGCUGAGCUUAGUGUUGCAGAAGAUAGUCGCGGGGCAUGCAGAUCUCACCAAUCAGAUUAUGGCCGACACACAACUAUUGACAUCCAUCAUGGAUUUGAACUUGAGCAUUCUGCAUAAUGAAAUGUUUCUCCUGGACUGCAGAUGUUGUUGUGCUAUGAAUGCCUUCAUCUUGCUCCAGCUACCAUUGACCGAUGGGGAGGCCGCCGAAAAG